AUGCCUGAAUAUCGUAUAUCAAGUACUCAAAGUCCUUCUAUAACUCCUGAAUAUCGUCCAUCACAUACUCAAAGCCCUUCUAUAAUUCCUGAAUAUCGUCCAUCACAUACUCAAAGUCCUUCUAUAAUUCCUGAAUAUCGUCCAUCACAUACUCAAAGUCCUUCUAUAAUUCCUGAAUAUCGUCCAUCACAUACUCAAAGCCCUUCUAUAAUUCCUGAAUAUCGUCAAUCACAUACUCAAAGUCCUUCUAUAAUUCCUGAAUAUCGUCCAUCACAUACUCAAAGUCCUUCUAUAAUUCCUGAAUAUCGUCCAUCACAUACUCAAAGUCCUUCUAUAAUUCCUGAAUAUCGUCCAUCACAUACUCAAAGCCCUUCUAUAAUUCCUGAAUAUCGUCCAUCACAUACUCAAAGUCCUUCUAUAACUCCUGAAUAUCGUCCAUCACAUACUCAAAGUCCUUCUAAAAUUCCUGAAUAUUGUUCAUCACAUAUUCGAAGUCCUUCUACAAAGAAGUUUUCUAAAAAUAAGAUGUAA